AUGGGCGACUCGAGCGACGCCGUCAUGGCACGCUGGCUUCAGUCCGCGGGGCUGCAGCACCUCGCGGCCUCCUCGGCUGGCCCCGCCGCCGGGGACCAGCGCGGCGCCGGCGCCCUGGGAGGCGGCGCCGGAGGAGCAGGCAUGCUGCCUAGUCUGCUCAUGCAGGGGUAUGGACCACAGUCGAUUGAAGAGAAACAGAGGCUAUAUAUGCUGCUGAGAAGCUUGAAUUUUAACGGAGAGUCUUUGCCUGCAUCAGUCUCUGAGCCCUUCACACCAACUGCUCAGAAUUUUGGCAGCGGGAAUUCUGCAGAUGGUCUGUACUCACCUGAACUUAGAGGUGAUCUUGGAGCUGGUCUCCUGGAUCUCCAUGCUAUGGAUGACACUGGACUUCUUUCUGAUGAUGUAGAUUCUGAACCAUUUGAGCCAUCACCCUUUAUGCCAAAGGAAACUGAUGAUGAGGACGAUGAUGAUGUGUUAACAGGAAACCAGCAAGGUCUAGCGGAUAAUUAUAAUGCAGUGACGAGUGAAAAAGAGAGCACCAACAGAGAAAAUAAUGUUGCGAAGAUCAAAGUUGUGGUAAGGAAGAGACCUCUGAACAGAAAGGAGUUAUCUCGAAAGGAAGAGGAUGCUGUAACCGUGCAUGAUUUAUCUUCAUUGACAGUUUAUGAACCUAAGCUGAAGGUGGACUUGACAGCUUAUGUGGAACAACAUGAAUUUUGUUUUGAUGCUGUCCUGGAUGAGGAUGUUUCUAAUGACGAGGUGUAUCGCGAGACUGUGGAACCCAUCAUACCAAUAAUAUUCCAGAGAACAAAAGCAACAUGCUUUGCUUAUGGACAAACAGGUAGUGGCAAGACAUACACAAUGCAACCGUUGCCUCUGAGAGCGGCACAAGACAUGAUUCGUCUUUUGCAUCAACCAGUAUAUCGGAAUCAAAAUUUUAAGCUGUGGCUCAGCUACUUUGAGAUAUAUGGUGGGAAACUCUAUGAUCUUCUAUCAGACAGAAGACACUUACUGAUGAGGGAGGAUGGCAAAAAACAAGUUUGCAUUGUUGGUCUACAGGAAUUUGAGGUUUCGGAUGUCCAGAUUGUCAGGGAAUAUAUUGAGAGGGGAAAUGCAGCAAGGAGCACAGGGUCAACAGGGGCCAAUGAAGAAUCAUCGAGGUCGCACGCUAUUCUGCAACUGGCUGUUAAGAAGCAUAUUAUAGUAACUGAUACCAGGAGGCAAAGGAACCGGGAUGCUAAUGAAGCUAAGAGUACGAAAGCAGUGGGGAAAAUAUCUUUCAUUGAUCUCGCUGGUAGCGAACGUGGUGCUGAUACAACAGAUAACGAUAGGCAGACAAGAAUUGAAGGAGCAGAGAUAAACAAGAGCCUCCUUGCUCUUAAGGAAUGCAUCCGAGCCCUUGACAAUGACCAGAUACACAUUCCUUUCAGAGGAAGCAAGCUCACAGAGGUUCUCCGUGACUCGUUUGUUGGCAACUCACGGACGGUGAUGAUUUCUUGCAUUUCUCCAAAUGCAGGUUCAUGUGAACACACAUUAAAUACGUUGAGAUAUGCUGAUAGGGUUAAAAGUCUUUCAAAGGGUGGCAACACUAGAAAAGAGCAGUCUACUGCACCAACUAUUCCUUCCAUGAGGGAGUCUUCAUCUGCUCCAUCCUAUCCUGUAUCUGUUGAGGCUGAAGAAAUACCCAACCAGAUCCAGGAGAAGAGACCUGUUGAUACAUCUAGGAGAGGUGCUGAGAAUUUUACCUCCAGCUCUUCGGUUGAGCCUGAUAGGAAUACAUUUAGUAUGAUUCCAAGUUAUUCUAAUAGAGGAAAAGAAGAAAAUGGAGUAUCUGGUUUGAAUGAUAGGGAGAGGGUUGAUUUGAAUUCUGUCCGAACUGGUUACAACAGUAAAGCACAGUUAAUUCAGAAUUCAACAAAUAUGCAAGAGGAGGAAAAGGCUACAAAAGUCUCACCUCCCCGGAGAAAGGCUUAUAGGGAAGAAAAAGCUGAAAAGCAGAGCAACUACACAAAAAAGGAUAGUGGAUCUGAGAUAAGUCGGCCUGGGUAUAAGGUGCAGCAGGCAAGGCAGUUGCAACAGCAGCAACGGCCAAUUUCGGCUUCAGUUUCUCAGGCUUCAUCAAGGCUAUCUGAAAAGGAAACUUCUUGUGAUGAUGUGGAGAUUGAUGCAAUUCUUGAGGAAGAGGAGGCCCUCAUUGCAGCUCACAGGAAGGAAAUUGAGAAUACUAUGGAGAUUGUGCGGGAAGAGAUGAACCUUUUGGCAGAAGUUGACCAACCAGGUAGCCUUAUUGACAACUAUGUAACACAGUUGAGCUUUCUGCUGUCACGUAAGGCUGCAGGCUUGGUCAGCCUCCAAGCACGCCUGUCGCGUUUUCAGCAACGCCUCAAAGAGCAGGAGAUCCUUAGCCGUAAAAAAUCUCCCAGAUAAGUGAUCGUUGCUGACUGACUCAGGUCUUCUGCCUGGUUAGCAAAUGGACAGGAGCUUGACCGCAUUUCGUGAGAGGUUUCUCUCGUGGUCUCCUGUGAUGUUGGACCUGAGCAAGGAGCUGAAAGAAAACAUGGCAGUGUCUCAGGAUAGGGUGAGUUGCAUGGUUGAUGCCAUUUUGGACUCGAUUGUCAGGUUUGACCACCAGUUUGCUAGUAGUCCUCACAGUUGGGCUGUGUUUUUUUUGGCAGUCGCAUGGCUUGCCCUCAGAUGCCGUUUUCUUUUGUAUGAGGAGACGUGAGACUGUUUGCAGAUAUGGAUGGGUUGAUUUUCGCAGGGUGUCUGUAUUUUAUGGACACAAAUACAUUAUUGUUGUAUUCUUUACUGAUAUUGUUUUCAUCGACAAAGAAAAAGACGUGUGUUUGUGGCAAAGGACUUGGAAAAUAUUCUCCCCAUUUGCCAAGUGAGAGUUUCUGACGGUUAUAAUGUAUGAAUGGUUUAGUGUGCACAGCUCAGAGUUUUGUCAUAUGAGUUCUUGCUUUGUGAGAAUUGGUUUAUUAAAAAUAAUGCUUAUGUAUCUGUCUUUGUACAUCAGAUCUGCAAUCAAUAGUGUUAAUUUUCUUUUAGCUUUGAUUCA